AUGAACUCGAUCCUGGCUCCGGCCCUUAAGGCUACCGAUCCACUGUUUUCGGUGGACAACGUCCGCCUGGCCCAUGCCCCAGCAGUGGCACGGGCUCGCGAGACAUGGGAUGUGACGCGCAUGACUCUUCUGCGUCCAGAAGACAGCUGGGUCGUGCCGGGCGACGGCGCGAAUGGCAACAUCGCGCUUGUCCUCGUCCCCUCCCCGCAGCUCUACCUCGACUCGGCCGGCGGCAUCGCCUUUCCAGAUCCGAUCCAGCGCCCACGAUUGGCCGAGCUUCUCGCUUGGGCCCAGAACCUGACCAUCAAGGACGUUGUCGAUGACCCACGGCUGAGUCUGCCUGCGCUCGGCGCCGAUCUGCCGUCGGCGUCGCGGCUGGCGAGCGAGUUUGGCGUGGGGACCGACAAUGGCGGUAGCUUUGAGAGCAUCGACGCGCUGCAGACUGCUGUUGAGGCUCAGCUCUCCCGUCCGCGCCGCCGGCUGUUCAACGAGCUUGCUUUUGGCGCGUACGGUCUCGCGCCGUGGCUCGAACUCCUCGGCGUCGCGCCAGGCGACGACGACGACGCCGCCGUGGACACCGCCGCAGAUACCAGCGAUGCCAAGCCUGGUCCGUCCAGCGAUGCAGCGUCGGGCUUCGCCAAGUUCAAGGCUGUGACUGCCGCGGUGUGGACGCUUGUGUACCACCCGUCUAAGAGCUCGGUCUACGCCGGCGGCGGCCCGUUUGAGCUCUCGCUCCGGCUCGGCGGUCAGUAUCCGCUCUCGUUGCCGUCGCUCCACGUCGAGACGCCGCACAUGGUGCACUUGCAUGUGGUCGACUCACUCUCGGCGGUCCACCCCAACGCUCCGGCGCGGCGCGGGCGAAUUGAUCUCGAGCGGCUGCGCCCGGCGCAGUGGAGCCCGACCGCGUCGCUCAUCGAGGUCUUUACCACUGUGGUUGAGCUGUUUGAGGGCGAGCACACCGGACCCGACGAGUUGCUUGCGCGCACUCCGUUUGCCAUCUCGCACGAUGCUCGCCUCGGCGAGCUCUAUCGCACCGACAGGGCCGGCUAUCAUCAGGCAGCCGCAGCCUCGGGCGCGGUCGCGGAUCCGGCACUCGGUGGCGCGCGCAGCCCCGGAUCCCUUGUUGACCCGCCAGCCUGCGCCGCAGUCGCCACAGCCUGCAAGCUCGCCGGCAACGCGGCUUUGGGCCGGGGCGAGCUGGCGACUUCCCGUGCGCUCUACGCCCGCGGCCGCGCAUGGUGCCGGCAAAACCGCAGCGAGCCUGAGCUGGCCGAACUCUACCUCGCACUCGAGCUCAACGACUCGCUGGCGGCGAUCCGCGACGGCGACGCACGGGCGGCGCUGGCUUCCGCCAACGCCGCUCUCGCCGCGGCACCCUUAUCGACCAAGGCUCUCUACCGUCGCGCCAAGGCGCACGCUGCGCUGGGCGACGACGAGCUGGCCAUUGCAGACCUGGAGCGCGCAGUGGCGCUCGCGCCGAACGACGCUGCUCUGGCCCGCGAGUUGGCCAGAGCUCGCAAAGCCAAGGCCCGCGCCAAGGCCGAGCAGGCUGCGCUCUACCGACGAGCGCUGGGCGGAAGCUGA